CACCGAUAAGACAGACACUGCCCAGCUGUGUAUUUUUAUUCGGAUAGUAUUCAAUGACAUGUUGGCUAAGAAAGAUUUUUUGACAAUCAUUCCUCUGAAGGACGAUUUCUUCAAUUUUGUGAAAAACUACAAGCUUUAAAUAUAUAAAUUAGUGUGCAUUACAACCGAUGGAGCACCAGCAAUGACGGGAAACAAACACGGUUUUGUGGCAUUAUGUCAAGCUGAUGAAGAUUUCCCUUCAUUUUUUUCAUUCCAUAGCAUUAUACAUCUACAAGUUUUGUGUUCAAAAGUUUUAAACACGUAGGAAAUUAUGGGAAUUGCAACAAAAAUUGUGAUUCCAUCCGUGCACGUAGCUCGCAACGGCGGCUCUUUUAGUUGCAGUUGGAAGGUAGGGAGUCAGCUGAACACACUGAUUUAGUUCUUCACAUGGACGUCAGGUGGUCGCGGAAAAUUCCUAGAAAGGUUUCAAGAAUUAUUGGCCGAAAUAACAGCUUUUCUAGACGAAAGAGGUGAUGACACUCAGAUGUUGAAAAACGAAAAAUGGCUGACUGAUUUGGCAUUUUUGACUGACAUCACAAUGCACUUAAACACCAUUAACUUGGAGCUUCAAGAUAAAGGAAAAACUAUUAUUGAGCUGAUUAGCGUAGUAAACGCAUUCAAAAGUAAAUUGCAACUUAUGAAAGAUCAACUGAAAGGAAAGGAUCUAAAACAUUUUCCGUCUUUGAAAACAAGGAUUCCUCAGAUGAAUUAUGAUACGUAUGAAGCUGAAUUAUCAAAUAUUUUGGGACAAUUCGAAAUGCGUUUUUAUGAUUGCAGUAAAUUGGCAAAUAUAGCAUAAUCUAUAUUUCUUUUUCAUGUAAAAUCAUUGAGGAAUUAGCUACUGAAAUAGCAAGUCAGUUUAUGUUCUGUUGAAAAUGAGUUGGUGCAGAUUAUAUCAGAUAUACAUCUCAUAGCUACAGCAUCUGAUACAAAUUUCUGGUGUUUUAUAUCUGAAGAUAAAUAUCCGAAUCUAAGGCAAAUCGCCCUUCAACCGACGGCAAUGUUUGGGUCAACUUACUUGUGCGAGUCUGCAUUUCCUGGAAUGAAGAUAAAUAAGUCAAAAUAUCGCAAUCGACUAACUGACGAUCAUAUGCCAUCAUGCUUGCGAUUAGUACUCAGUGGUUAUGUACCAUCUCAUGAAAAGUAUGCUGAGGACACGCAGUGCCACGCUUCAACAUCCAAAGUCACUCCUUAGUUGAGUUUAACACCUUAAGUAACUCUUUUGUUUUGUAACAACUAAUAAACUCGCAAUUUUGAAUAACAAUUAGAUUUUUUAUUGAUAUUAUAGAGAAGAACCUAAUUAAACCUAACCCAAACCUUGACUAAAAUAAUGUUUAUUGUGCGGAAAGCUAAUAUCUAUAUAUGCUACGGUACACACUACCUAUGUAUGUAUGUACGACAAUCCUGCAUCACACAUACUUGCAGCCUCUCAGCGUCGAUCGUAAGUAGUCUAAAAAUUUUGAGGUAGAUCGCCAGCAGUUGAAGUUGGAG